CACCCAAGAGAGGAUGUCAAAGGUCAAUGCCUCUGGUUGUGUGUUUGGUGGUCCUCUAAGCACUCAUAGGCAGAGUUGGACUCUUCCUGUCUUAGGCUUAAAACCUUACAUAUUGGUUGUCUGAUUGCUUGGAUUGUACUGCAUGUUGCACUUCACACUAGGAAGACUGAUCUACUUGGUGGGAGUUGUAGAGAUCUGAAGACUCGUUUGGCCAUUGUUCAUCUCAGCAACCUUUGAGGUCCACUGAUGUUUCAGCUGCUUCCACCGAUCUGUGUGCUUAUGGAAUUCGAGGGGAAAUGUUACAAUAUCCAAAUGCAGGAUGCGAAAUGCCAAAGUUAUUUUUUGGAGAAAAUGCUUCGAGUGGACAAGAUAUCUUCAAGGCACAAGCGCUCCAAGAGUGAAUCCUACCAGAGAAACAGAGAAGUUGAAUUGGAGACUCUGCCUGGAUCAAUCCACCAUGCUAAGCCGGUCAUUGGAGAGUCUACCGGUGACAGUGAGAUCAGAAAUAAGCCAUUGCCUGAAGCUAGUGUCCGAAGUUCAUUGAAGUAUGAGAUUCUGCAGCUUGAGAAGCGGCUACAAGAUCAAAUGAUGAUGCGAUGUGCUUUAGAAAAGGCAAUGGGAUUUGGCUCUUCUGCAGUUUGCUCCUCAAAUGAAAGAUCAGUGCCAAAGCCUACAAAGGAACUGAUAAGGGAGAUAGCUGUAUUGGAAUUAGAGGUUAUGCAUCUAGAGCAGUAUCUGUUAUCACUUUAUCGCAAGGCUUUUGAUCAGCAAACAUCCACAUUAUCUCCCCCUGCUAGUGAGAAUCAAUUGAAAAAGCCAUUGAAUUCCAAACCUGAGUUGCUCCAUGAAUCUGCAAAACUCAGAAUCUCAUCUAAUAGAGGAAACUCAAGAGUGCAAUCUAGUCAGACAGAGCUGCCUCAGAAAUGGACUGCCGACUUGGUUAAUGAAGGUUGUGAAAUCAAGUGCCAGGAAACUCUAUUAGGUCCUGGCAUUCAUCGCAGCCAUUCUUCUCUUUCUUACCGUGCAACUUGUUCUGCUAGGAUUUCACCCUCACAAGAAAGUCUAGCUAGAGCUCUUCACUCAUUCCAUUCUCAACCUUUGUCUUUUCUCAAGGAAGAACAAAAUGUUAAUUCUGGGGUGAUCAGCUUAGCCGAAUAUCUUGAGACUGGUGUCACUGAUGAUGUUCCAGAGUCUCCUAAUAGACUUUCGGAAGACAUGGUUAGAUUAAUGGGUGCUGUAUAUUGCAAACUUGUUGACCCUCCUUUGGUUUUUCAUGGCUUUUCAUCUUCUCCGGCUUCAUCCUCCUCAUCUAUGAGUGCACUAUCUCCCCACUAUCCCGGAGAAUUGUGGAGUCCUGGUUAUAAAAGGGAAUCUAAUCUAGAUUCUCGCUUGAUAAAUCCUUUUCAAGUUGAAGGACUGAAAGAAUUCAGUGGACCAUACAACGCAAUGGUGGAGGUGCCUCUUAUUCGUAGAGACCGUCAGAGACUGAGGGAUGUUGAAGACAUGCUACAUAACUACAAGUUAAUCCUUCAUCGAUUGGAGAUAGUUGAUCCAAGGAAGUUGAAAAAUGAUGAAAAGCUUGCCUUUUGGAUAAACAUACACAAUGCUAUAAUCAUGCAUGCAUACGUCGAAUAUGGAAUUCCCGAGGGGAAUGCGAAAAAGACUUCUUUGUCGAUCAAGGCUAUGUGCUCCAUAGGUGGUCGUUCUAUAAAUGCAGCUAUGAUACAAACUUAUAUUCUUGGGUGCAGGACACACUGUACUGGGCAGUGGCUUCGGACAUUGCUCUAUCCAAGGUUGAAACACAAGGCUGGAGUCCAAUGGAAAUCCUACGCAAUUGAACAACCAGAACCUCUUCUACACUUUGCACUUUGUUCAGGCAGCCAUUCUGAUCCCGCGGUUCGAAUCUAUUAUUCGGAUCGAUUGUUCCAGCAGCUAGAAUCAGCAAAGGAAGAUUACAUUCGUGCCACCGUUGGUAUUUGGAAGGAACAGAAGAUCCUUCUUCCAAAGCUCAUAGAUUCAUAUGCCAAGGACUCAAAACUAAGCUCUCAAAGAUUGGUGGACAUGGUUCAGUGUUACCUUCCUGAGACUCUUAGGAUGGCCAUGCAGAGAUGCCAAAAUGGCAGAUCCAAGAAGACCAUCGAGUGGGUUCCCCACAACUUCAGUUUCAGAUACCUGCUCUCAAAAGAAUUGACAAGUUACAGCAGAUAGAAAGAGACUUAAUAAUCAGAUUUGGCUGCCAUGAGUGAGCUGAUGGUUCCAUUACUUUGUUUCUUCUUCACAGGAAAAAGGAGUUGGCAGAUUUGUAUAUGGAGGUUGCAAUGUAAUUUACAUGUGUAUGUACAGUCCAAAUGAACCUUGAUCAACAAGGUAUAAUGUGUUUGCCUUUCUUUUUUUCUUUCGAGGAAAUUGCAUAGAUUGGACUGAUUAGUUUCAAGAAAUGUUGGAGGUUUACAUCUUCUCA